AGAAGCAGCGUCCUACACGGGAACGGUAAAUAGCUGGCAACUUCAGGUGGCGUUUGGUGACUGGUGGAGAGCUAGUGGCGGUGUUCUCGGCUCGGGUCGAACGUAACCGGCUCGCGACAGUUUUUACAUCUUGGAGCUAUGACCAUUUGAAGAAGAUGAGAAGAAGAAAAAAUUAACACACACACACACACACAUACGAACAGAUAGCAGAAGAGUUUACAAAUAAGUUUCUGACUAUGAGGACAAGUAAAACCUGUAGCUUUCUUCCUAAGCUAAAGAACGGGACGGAACGAGACAGGUUAAGCGGAUCGUUCCGUACCGCUCUCGCACACAUCUCAACUACACGGCGUAAACCGAAGCCCCGGGAAAGCUCGGUGGAGAAAGCGCUCAUCUCUUCAGCUCGAUUCUUGUCGAUCAAGCGUGUGUGUGUGUGUGUGUGGUUGCAUGUGUUGGUUGGUUUACGCGUGUGUGUAGUUUUUGGGGGGCGCCUUCUCCGGCCUACUAUGCGUGUGGCGUUCUGCCCUUCUCCUUCCUGUUCCGGGCCGGGGUUUGCCUACCGAAGCUGCUGGCCAGUGAUACCCAAAAACGGUGCGCACACACAGAGCAACAUAGAAAGCACAAGAAAAAAAAAGAGGAGAAUAAAACCAUUCACAGCACCGCAUCGAGCUGCGGCUCGUCAUCCGACCGAAGUUGCGAUCCGUCGUCGUCCCACUUGCUCAGCUGUGUGUGAGCUACCCUGCUCGUCGCUCCUUUAUUAUCGCCCGGUUGAUCUCCUUCCCGUCCUUACCUGCCGGCUAGUUGCGCUCGUUUACGAUAGUGAACGUGAGACGUGAGCGCGAGCGAGACGGAGCCAGCACGGGGAUGGAGCGCAAGCGAGAUCAGAUCGUACGAUGCGUUCCCGUUGAGCGGGCUCCGGUGCGCUCCCGAUGCUGGGAGUUUGGGCCCGCGCUUGGUUUGGCUGGCUGGGUUUGGCGACUACAUCGGGCUCCCUAGGCAGCACGGUUGGACAUUCCCCAAUCGGCUCUGCUCGCGAUAGCACGUGCGCUCACUCGCAGCGCCUGUUCGCAUCCUUUCAAAACGUACCAGGCUCGGGUGUUUGCAGAGUAACGGGUCCCCGGCUCUUGCUGGCCUGCUAAGGGUUACGGUUCGUCAAAGGUAACGCUUUUUUUCGUUGUUGCUGUUGUUGUUGUGUUGUAGAGAAGACGUGCCCGAGAUCAAGAGAUCGUGGAAAGGGAGGCUGGCAGUGAUCAGUUAGUGUUGUGGUGGAUUAGUGGUGGACGACGCCGUCACCAUCGGUGACGGGGGCACAGGAACGCCGGCUUGUACGGUGGGUGUAGUGAGCCUUGGGCAAAACCUCGCCACACAGAGUGGUACCAGUGUUCAACAACGGUAGAAAGGAGUUAUCAGAGCAUCGGUGGACAGGUGCAGUUCCUCGCGAAUAGCCCUUCAAGAUAUUGAUCGUUGUACACGUGCGAGGAAGUUUUGCGGUGUAGUGAGUGUAGUGCAUUUCUGGGGGACAACGAAGGUACAAUAACUUCGGAUGGCGUAAGUCAUCAACUGCAGUAAGACCCUCAAAUUGUAUCGAACGUACAAUCAAUCCGCCAUUCAACCGAUCAUCAAAUAUCACAAGCUGUCGAGAGUGUACCGGGGUCGGCAUUAACCCAUCAAGGAAGAUCGAGGAAGUAUUCUGACGCCUUCCACAGAUCAAUCAAUCCAAGGGACUCGUCUCGCUUCCAUCGCACCGACCAGUCUCCACCUAACGGCUCCAACCAUGUGGAGCACGGGUAGGGGUCCUAACCCGAUGUGGGCCCAUCGAAUUAUUCUGAUUGCGCUCUGCUACCUGAUCAAUCUAGCUGCACCGACGAACGAAAUCUGGCCCGUAGAACGUCCGGAUGGUAUGCCCUCAAUAACGGCCCUGGAGGUGAUGUGCGGCAAGGAUCACAUGGACGUUCAUCUAUCAUUUUCCGCGCCGUUCGAAGGGAUCGUAAGCUCCAAAGGCCAACAUAGCGAUCCUCGAUGCAUCUAUGUGCCACCGUCGACGGGGAAAACGUUCUUUACCUUCCGCAUCUCGUACUCGCGCUGCGGCACCAAACCCGACCUAAAUGGGCAAUUCUACGAGAACACUGUCGUGGUGCAGUAUGACAAGGAUCUGCUCGAGGUGUGGGACGAAGCGAAACGGUUACGGUGCGAGUGGUUCAACGAUUACGAAAAGACGGCCUCCAAACCGCCGAUGGUUAUUGCCGAUCUGGACGUUAUACAGCUGGACUUCCGAGGUGACAAUGUGGACUGUUGGAUGGAGAUACAGCAGGGUAAGGGACCAUGGGCACCGGCUGUGAGUGGUAUUGUACCGCUCGGUUCCACCAUGACGCUGGUCGUCGCGAUCAAUGAUUUCCGGGGCGAGUUUGAUAUGCGCGUCAAGAGCUGUGUCGCAUCGGACGGCGCCGGACACGUGAUUAAGCUGUCGGAUGAGUACGGUUGCGUACUGCGACCGAAGAUGAUUUCUCGCUUCCUGAAGGCGCGUGCCCCGGACGAUAAGGCGUCGGUGAUUACGUACGCGUUCUUCCACGCCUUCAAGUUCCCGGACGCGCUCAGUGUGCACAUCAAGUGUAAGGUAGAAAUUUGCCGACACGGUUGUCUGGACCACUGUCAGCACAGUGGUGCUCCGGUGGGCGGUACGGCGAGCGUGCCCGGUGGACCAAAGCAGCACGAUCUGCUCGAGCGCAAGGAUACGCUGGUGAAUCAGAACAGCAACGACAUACUGGCCGGUGACUCGGCGGAAGAUCUGGACUCGGGCAUGAACGGGCAGGAUGUGUACUACGACGACAUUAUCCACACGGAGAAACAUCUCAACCAGUACAAGAAACCGAUGCCGAAUCAGCCACCGAAGAAGAAGGACAGCUACCUACAGUACCACCAUCACAAUCGCGAACCGAUGGACGACAUUGAGUCACUGUUCCUGAGCGACCAUUCGGCAAUGUCGGCCGACAUGAUGAAGAAGCAAUCGCAGGGACCGCCGGGACCUAUCGGUGGUGGUAUGCCGGGUAUGCCCGGUAUGCCGGGCAUGCCUGGUAUGGGCAUGGGUCCGGGCAAGUAUCCUCCCCAACCGAUGCAGCAGAUGGGACAGAAGCCGAUGCCGGGCCCAGGUACGCCGAUGGAUGACGAUAAGUUCCCGCACGGACCGCGCCAGAUGGAUGCGGAGAAGCGUAUGGGUUUGCCGGCCGUCGCCGGUCCACGGGCAUUGAAUCUGGAUGCGGAUGAUGUACAGAACCAGAGCUACAACCAGGCUGGUUCGCGGUUGCGUCAGCGACGCUCGGUACGCGUCACCGAUCGGCAGGCCCGUUCGGCGGACAUUGGCGUGAGUGGCAUUUACGAGGUUAUCUCCGAGGCGGACUUAGCGUUCAACCCGGACAGCAAGCAGGAAGCGGUAACCGUAUUCCAGGGCAAAAUAACGGAGGAGGUAGUCUACGGUAUCUGUAUGCCGGUGCCGGGCUUUAGCAUUCUCUUCAUACUGGUCAUUUCGGCGACCAUCAUUUCUGCGCUGAUUGCCGGUUCGCUGCUGUACAGAUAUCAGCUGCAGAAGGAAAUGAUUGCGAAUCGGACGCAGAGCCACAACGCGCCCAUGAACUCGAUCGCCACGUGGAUGACGUUACGUCUGUUCCGGUCCCGGCAUAAUGGGCCGGUAGUUGGUGGAGCGGCUGCCGUCCGUCCGAUGGAUCUGAACGCCAGUAACCAGUGAGGAUGAGGUGGGCAGCACCGACAGUGUAGUGCCCAACACACUCCAACACACAACCUCACACACACACACAGUCCUAAGUCUCUCUAUGCAAAACAGUAAGAUCUUAUUGAAGAUUUUUUGUAAGGUUUAGUUAUUCCCUUCUUCGCGCACUAUACCUUCUUGCGUCGUACGUGAGAAGAAUGCGCGUUUGUUGCCGAUCAGGAUCGAUCGAACUAGCCUCAUCAACCUACCUUUUACAUCUACACACACACACACACACACACACACACACACACACAGUGGCGGUUUAAGCCGCUUGGAGGCUCCCUACACAGACUGAAACUGGGCCAGGAUUCGUGGCGGGACUUAUGGAGUACGGGGUCCUCUAAAUCGAUGGAGACUCUUAGAACUCCACAGCCAGGACCCCAAGCGGCUGCUUAGUUUUGUUGAUACUUUGAUCCGCUCCUGUACACACACACACAUACAGACAUACAUACAUUCACUUACACAUGAAUACAUUCCAUACACACGCCUUUCAUCCUUUCUCAUCUUCUCGGGUUUAUUGCAAUAUUUAUUAAUCAAUAAUUAACUGUACGAGAAGGGAGAAAACCAUUGAUCGAUUCCGACGUUGUUUGAUAGAGGGAAGAUAUAUAAAAACAAAAAAAUGCGUAUGAAACGCAAUUAGCAAUUAUCGUGACAGCUGCUUCGCAUCCUUCUUGCUGAAGUUGAAGCUGUCGUAUUUGUUAUAAGACCCUGGGGUGGUAGUUAAAUUACUUUUUGGUGUGCGUGUUUUCUAGUAUCUCGAAUGAAUGUUCACCGUACUUAUAUUUGAUCUAUAUUACUACCGGUGAUUAUCGUUAUAUUUAAUCCAAUCGAUUAUGGACUAGUGUCGGUCGUAUUUUGCUAAAGUUAUAACUGCAGACUAUCGUUAUCGUGCCGGUUCGCACCGCACGGCAACACCGAAGCGUAACCUGUCUUGUGACACUAACAAAGAUUAAACUAAAAAUCCGUUUUAGAGUUUAUUUAUUUAAUCUAAACUGCGUAUUAAAAUCAAAAAAACAAAAAACAAAAUGUAAGUAAGCCUUCUUUUGAGACGAAACCAAGACCUAGAGCCAAGGAGAAAGGGGGGCGAACGUUUGCCCGGUAGUGCGUGGGAGGGUAGUACAUCUCCCACCUAACAUGGCCGCGCUGAGGAGAGUAGACUGAAGAUCGACAGCUUGGUAGUUAAGGGACGGCCUGUUUUUUUUUGCUUCUCUCGCGUAAGCCCAGUCGAUCCAUCUACGCGCGAUCGUGCGUAGCAAACAGUAUCAGUUAGCCGUGGUAGUAAUGUUAAAUCUGCGCACUAAUGUCAGCAGUGCGCGAGAAAUAUGCUCAAUUUAGUAUUUGUUUGUUUAUAGUAGGCGCAACACGUGUGCAACACUGAGGAAGCGUGGUAGGAGGCAGGUAUUUAUUUAUUGGCGAGUUGCUCCGCUAGUUGAUACUCCAUCCGUGCAAUGUUUAUACCUGUUGACUUGAUAUUUGACGAAGCAUGUAUAUCGGCGUUGGGUUGUAUAUGCUUAGAAGCUUAGUGUACUGUGUACGUUUAUCAACUGGUGGAACAAAUAAAACACUUCAUUAUUUAAAUUGGUCUGUGUGGGUUUUGUGUUUUUUCUGUUUGCUUGGGUUUGUUCAGGAUAAUUGGACUAUUAAAAAAUUUAGAAUACAAUAUAUGCUGUAGAAUUUCCUCGCUACCCGUUACGAUGGGUUGGCCAUUUCAUUAGAGUUUUUUUUCAGAUGACUUAGCACGAUUUAGAUUUUCAAAAUC